AUGGGAAACUCUGCUGCCCUAGGCCUAAUCGAGUCUUCAGAGAUGACACAGGAGACGGAAGACCGAAUGGCUGAGGUCGGAAUGCCGGUCGGGAAGGCUUCUUCAAUGACACGCUUCUUCGAAGAGCUCCAUCAGCUCUUAGGGCGUCUAAGCCCUGGGCGCCGGCGUGCCGGCCUGGCGGAGCUGCGGCCCCUGGAGCGGCAGGGCCUGGAGGCCUGGAUCCUCGCGCGCCAGAGCGACCAGGCGAAGGAACGACGGCGGCUCCAAGGGCCCAAGAUGCCAAGGUCUACACAGCCCUCCUCUGGAGCAAGGAGUAGCGUGGUGACCUUCAGCCAGAGGACCUUGAAGGGCACCAGCCGUUGGUACUACGCGGUGGUGUGCCUGCCAGGGCUCCACAUUUUGAGCCGCAUGCGUCGACAGCGGCACAGUGCCGUGGAGGAUAGCAAGGUCCUAGCUGAUGCUAAGAGGCGGGUCAGCGAAGCCUCGAGAACGGGGCGCAGCUUUGACCAGGCCGCAGUGCGCUGUCACGGGGUCCAGAAGAGGCCGUCCGAGAAGCGCUGGGAGGUUCGGUGGUGGCGAGAAGCGCGGGGAGAAGCGUCGCAUGACCUCGAUGAUGAUCACGCAGAUGUCACAGGAGUCGAGGGUCUUCCUGUGCCGCGCUGCAUGUUGGCAGAUGCCAUAGCAUCCAAGACUCGCAAGAAGUUGAAGAGUGCCUCAACAAAUGCCCGCAAUCAGGCCGACUUGGCAAUCAAGAAGUGCAAAGACAAGGAAGAACAAGCAUGUCUUGAGCAGGCCGUUCAUGGAAAUUGCAAGUGGUGUGAAGGCUUGUGCGGCCCGAAUGCAGUGUGA